AUGAUUGUUAUAGAAUAUGGAAAUCGUACUAUUGUAUCCAGUUUCAUUCUCCUUGGACUUUCUGAUUCUCCGUAUUUGCAGGCUAUAUAUUUUCUGAUUUUCCUAGUGAUGUAUAUAAUUACACUGUCUGGGAACAUUUUGCUGAUUGUAGUGGUAAGAAUUGACAUUCAAAUGCAUACCCCUAUGUAUUUUUUACUUAGCAACCUCUCAUUCAUUGACAUUUGUUUUUCUUCCACCAUAGUCCCAAAAAUUCUGGUGAACACUGUUUCGAAGGACAAAAGCAUUUCUCUACUUGGAUGUGCAUCCCAAAUGUUUGCCGCUUUAGUUCUGGGUGUUACAGAAUGCAUAAUAUUGGCUGUCAUGGCAUAUGACCGGUAUGCUGCUAUUUGUAAACCUUUACACUACAACAUAAUAAUGAAUAGGAGGUUCUGCAUUAGUCUAGCUGCUGCUUGCUGGGGAGUUGGUUUUAUUAAUGCUACCAUCCAUGUUAUCUUAACGUUCAAACUGCCUUAUUGUAGAUCACACCAAGUCAACCAUUUUUUCUGUGAGGUGCCUCCUUUCCUAAAACUAUCUUGCAGAGAUACUCGGUUCAAUGAGCUUGCAAUGUACAUUUCAGCAUGUAUCAUUGUUGUCUUUGCAUUUUUUCUCAUUCUCGUUUCAUACAGUUAUAUAAUUGCUACAAUUCUGAAAAUUAAUUCUUCUCAAGGAAGGCACAAAGCCUUCUCCACAUGUGCUUCUCACCUUACAGUGGUCUGGCUUUACUAUGGUACCCUCAUGUUUAUGUACCUACGUCCACAUUCCAGGUACUCUCCAGAGAUGGACAAGACUGUGCCUAUUCUUUACACAGCAGUGACUCCUAUGCUGAAUCCAAUAAUCUACAGCAUGAGGAACAAAGAUGUCAAACGGACCAUAAAAAUAAAACUAGUCCAACAGACAAAUUUCUAA